CACUUUGAAUUCUAGUAAUAAGAAACCUGAUUCAGAAGCAAGUGCUUUGAAGAAAAAGGUCAACAAGGGGAAAACAGAAGGUUCUGAAAAUUCAGACUUAGACAAAACGCCCCCACCAUCUCCUCCUGAAGACGAUGAGGACCCAGGUGUUCAGAAGAGACGGUCCAGCAGGCAGGUGAAGAGGAAGCGCUACACGGAAGACCUGGAGUUCAAGAUUUCCGACGAGGAGGCAGAGGAUGCGGACGCUGCGGGGAGGGACUCCCCCUCCAACACCUCGCAGUCCGAGCAGCAGGAAUCUGUUGAUGCAGAAGGUCCAGUGGUAGAAAAAAUCAUGAGUAGUCGUUCAGUGAAAAAACAGAAGGAAUCUGGAGAGGAGGUAGAAGUUGAGGAAUUCUAUGUGAAAUACAAAAACUUCUCUUAUCUUCAUUGUCAGUGGGCAUCUGUAGAAGAUCUGGAAAAAGAUAAGAGAAUUCAGCAAAAGAUUAAGCGAUUUAAGGCAAAGCAGGGCCAGAACAAGUUCCUUUCAGAGAUUGAAGAUGAGCUUUUUAAUCCAGAUUAUGUGGAGGUUGACCGGAUAAUGGACUUUGCACGUAGCACAGAUGACCGGGGAGAGCCCGUGACUCACUACCUGGUGAAGUGGUGCUCCCUGCCUUACGAAGACAGCACUUGGGAGCUAAGGCAGGACAUCGACCAAGCAAAGAUCGAAGAGUUUGAGAAACUAAUGUCCAGGGAGCCGGAAACGGAGCGCGUGGAGCGACCUCCUGCUGAGGAUUGGAAGAAAUCGGAGAGUUCCAGGGAGUAUAAAAACAAUAACAAACUCAGGGAAUACCAGUUGGAGGGAGUAAACUGGCUACUUUUCAAUUGGUACAACAUGCGAAACUGCAUUUUAGCAGAUGAAAUGGGUUUGGGAAAAACUAUCCAGUCCAUUACGUUUCUCUAUGAGAUAUAUUUGAAAGGAAUCCAUGGCCCUUUUUUAGUAAUUGCUCCAUUGUCCACAAUCCCCAACUGGGAAAGGGAAUUCCGGACCUGGACAGAGUUGAACGUGGUUGUGUAUCAUGGGAGUCAAGCUAGUCGUCGGACCAUUCAGUUGUAUGAAAUGUACUUCAAAGAUCCCCAGGGUCGAGUGAUAAAGGGGUCCUAUAAGUUUCAUGCCAUCAUCACUACCUUUGAGAUGAUUUUGACGGAUUGCCCCGAGCUGCGGAAUAUUCCAUGGCGCUGUGUAGUCAUUGAUGAAGCCCACCGGCUGAAGAACAGGAACUGCAAGCUGUUGGAGGGACUGAAGAUGAUGGACUUGGAACACAAAGUGCUGCUGACGGGGACCCCGCUGCAGAACACUGUGGAGGAGCUCUUCAGCCUGCUUCACUUCUUGGAACCUAGUCGCUUCCCUUCGGAGACCACCUUUAUGCAAGAAUUUGGUGAUCUGAAAACAGAAGAACAGGUGCAAAAGCUCCAGGCUAUUCUCAAGCCAAUGAUGCUGAGACGCCUCAAGGAGGAUGUGGAAAAGAACCUGGCCCCCAAAGAAGAAACUAUUAUUGAAGUUGAGCUGACCAACAUUCAGAAGAAGUAUUACCGCGCCAUCCUGGAGAAGAAUUUCACAUUUCUUUCCAAAGGUGGCGGUCAAGCUAACGUGCCCAACCUUUUAAACACUAUGAUGGAAUUACGCAAGUGCUGCAAUCAUCCCUACCUUAUUAAUGGUGCUGAAGAGAAAAUUUUGGAAGAGUUUAAAGAAACACACAAUGCAGACUCUCCAGAUUUUCAGCUCCAGGCGAUGAUCCAGGCUGCUGGCAAGCUAGUGCUGAUUGACAAGCUGCUGCCAAAACUGAAGGCUGGUGGCCACAGGGUGCUUAUCUUUUCCCAGAUGGUGCGCUGCUUGGACAUACUGGAAGACUACCUCAUUCAAAGACGGUACCCCUACGAAAGGAUCGACGGCCGAGUAAGAGGCAACCUCCGCCAGGCAGCUAUUGACAGAUUCUCCAAACCUGAUUCUGAUAGGUUUGUUUUCCUCCUGUGUACACGGGCAGGAGGCCUAGGCAUUAAUCUUACUGCUGCUGAUACCUGCAUCAUCUUUGAUUCUGACUGGAAUCCCCAAAAUGAUCUCCAGGCUCAGGCAAGGUGUCAUAGGAUAGGACAGAGCAAAUCUGUGAAAAUCUACAGGCUGAUUACAAGAAAUUCUUACGAGAGGGAGAUGUUCGACAAGGCUAGUUUGAAGCUCGGCCUGGAUAAAGCGGUGCUGCAGUCCAUGAGCGGAAGGGAAAACGCUACCAAUGGGGUUCAACAGCUUUCCAAGAAAGAGAUAGAGGAUCUUCUGCGAAAAGGGGCCUAUGGUGCACUCAUGGACGAGGGGGAUGAAGGGUCUAAAUUCUGUGAAGAAGACAUCGACCAGAUUCUCCUCCGGCGAACCCACACCAUCACCAUUGAGUCUGAAGGGAAGGGUUCCACGUUCGCUAAGGCCAGUUUUGUUGCGUCUGGAAAUAGGACAGAUAUUUCCCUGGAUGAUCCAAAUUUCUGGCAAAAGUGGGCUAAGAAGGCUGAAUUGGAUAUUGAUGCCUUAAAUGGGAGGAACAACCUGGUCAUUGACACUCCAAGAGUGAGGAAGCAAACCAGGCUGUACAGUGCCGUGAAGGAAGACGAGCUGAUGGAGUUCUCAGACUUGGAAAGCGAUUCUGAAGAGAAGCCUUGUGUGAAGCCCCGGCGGCCACAGGACAGGUCGCAGGGCUACGCACGGAGUGAGUGCUUUAGAGUGGAGAAGAAUUUGCUCGUCUACGGUUGGGGACGGUGGACGGACAUCCUUUCCCACGGACGUUACAAACGUCAGCUCACGGAGCAAGAUGUGGAAACCAUCUGCAGAACGAUCCUCGUGUACUGUCUCAACCAUUACAAGGGAGACGAGAACAUCAAAAGCUUUAUCUGGGACCUGAUCACGCCCACGGCUGACGGCCAGACCCGCGCCUUGGUCAAUCAUUCAGGUUUAUCAGCCCCAGUGCCGAGGGGGAGAAAGGGAAAGAAGGUGAAAGCCCAGAGCGCACACCCGGUGGUGCAGGAUGCCGACUGGCUGGCCGGCUGCAACCCUGACGCCCUGUUCCAGGAGGACAGCUACAGGAAGCACCUGAAGCACCACUGCAACAAGGUCCUGCUGCGUGUCCGCAUGCUGUACUACCUAAGACAAGAAGUUAUAGGAGACCAGGCAGAUAAGAUCUUAGAGGGUGCUGACUCAAGUGAAGCUGAUGUGUGGAUACCUGAGCCUUUCCACGCCGAGGUCCCCGCAGAUUGGUGGGAUAAGGAAGCGGAUAAGUCCCUCCUAAUUGGGGUGUUCAAACACGGCUACGAGAAGUACAAUUCCAUGCGAGCUGACCCCGCGCUGUGCUUCCUGGAACGAGUUGGUAUGCCUGAUGCCAAGGCCAUUGCUGCUGAGCAGAGAGGAACAGACAUGCUAGCAGAUGGUGGUGACGGGGGAGAAUUUGAUAGAGAAGAUGAAGACCCGGAAUAUAAACCAACUAGAACACCGUUCAAGGAUGAACUAGAUGAAUUUGCCAAUUCUCCUCCUGAAGACAAGGAAGAAUCUGUGGAAAUUCGUGCCACAGGGAAGCACAGUGAGAGUACUGCUGAGUUAGGCCAACUUUACUGGCCUAACACCUCAACCUUGACCACCCGGCUGCGCCGGCUCAUUACUGCCUAUCAGCGCAGCUAUAAAAGGCAACAGAUGAGGCAAGAGGCCCUAAUGAAGACUGACCGGCGGCGACGGCGGCCUCGGGAGGAAGUGAGAGCACUGGAAGCGGAAAGGGAAGCUAUAAUAUCUGAGAAGCGGCAAAAGUGGACAAGAAGAGAAGAGGCUGAUUUUUACCGUGUGGUGUCCACUUUUGGGGUUAUUUUUGACCCUGUGAAACAGCAGUUUGAUUGGAACCAAUUUCGAGCCUUUGCCAGACUGGACAAAAAGUCUGAUGAAAGUCUGGAGAAAUACUUCAGCUGUUUCGUGGCCAUGUGUAGGCGAGUGUGUCGAAUGCCCACUAAGCCAGAUGAUGAACCACCAGACCUCUCCAUGAUCGAGCCAAUCACAGAAGAGCGCGCCUCUCGAACUCUCUACCGCAUCGAACUGCUCCGGAAAAUACGGGAGCAGGUUCUUCACCACCCUCAGCUGGGGGAGAGGCUGAAGCUCUGCCAGCCGAGCCUGGACUUGCCGGAGUGGUGGGAAUGUGGCAGGCAUGACCGAGACUUGCUGGUGGGUGCUGCUAAACACGGGGUCAGCCGGACGGACUACCACAUCCUCAACGACCCUGAGCUGUCCUUCUUGGAUGCACACAAAAACUUCGCUCAGAACAGAGGGGCUGGUAACAUAGCGACCUUGAACCCACUGGCGGUUGGAUUUGGCCAGGCUCCUGCAGUCAUCUCAUCCACUCACGUUCAGGACGAGAAGGUGAUGGGGCAAACCGAAGGCAAAGUGGAGGAGCCUGAAAACGCAGCUGCCCAAGAGAAGCCUGCAGCGAAGGAGGAGGAGGAAGCCGAGGGCGGGGAGAAGGGCGGUAAGCAGGAGUGCGAGGCCGAGGCCAGCUCUGUGAAGAGCGAGCUGAAAGGCGUGGAGGCCGGUGCCGACACGGGGCCCAAGUCGAUUUCCGAGAAGGGCUCCGAGGAAGACGAAGAGGAGAAGCUGGAGGACGAUGAUAAGUCCGAAGAGUCUUCCCAGCCCGAAGCAGGAGCCGUCUCUAGAGGGAAGAAUUUUGACGAGGAGAGCAAUGCUUCUAUGAGCACUGCUAGAGACGAAACCCGAGAUGGGUUCUACAUGGAGGAAGGAGAUCCUUCGGUAGCUCAGCUCCUCCACGAGAGAACAUUUGCCUUCUCAUUUUGGCCGAAGGAUCGGGUAAUGAUAAACCGAUUAGACAGUAUCUGUGAAGCGGUGUUGAAAGGCAAAUGGCCGGUCAAUAGGCGCCAGAUGUUUGAUUUCCAGGGCCUCCUCCCUGGUUACACGCCACCCACCGUGGACAGUCCCCUGCAGAAGAGGAGCUUUGCCGAGCUCUCCAUGGUCGGCCAGGCUAGCGUCAGCGGGAGCGAGGACCUCACGACCUCUCCCCAGGUGUCAAAGGAAGAUGCUCUCAACCUCUCUGUCCCUCGCCAGCGGAGGAGAAGGAGGCGGAAGAUUGAAAUCGAGGCCGAAAGAGCUGCCAAGCGGAGAAACCUCAUGGAGAUGGUCGCCCAGCUUCGGGAGUCUCAGGUGGUCUCAGAAAAUGGACAAGAAAAAGUUGUCGAUUUAUCAAAGGCCUCAAGAGAGGCAACAAGCUCUACCUCAAAUUUUUCAUCUCUUACUUCAAAGUUUAUCUUGCCUAACGUCUCGACACCGGUGUCCGAUGCCUUUAAGACUCAGAUGGAGCUGCUGCAGGCAGGGCUGUCACGCACACCCACGAGGCAUCUGCUGAACGGCUCCCUCGUGGACGGAGAGCCUCCCAUGAAGAGGAGGCGGGGAAGGAGGAAAAACGUGGAGGGCCUCGAUGUGCUUUUCAUGAGCCACAAACGGACGUCAUUGAGUGCAGAGGAUGCUGAGGUGACCAAAGCUUUUGAAGAAGAUAUAGAGACCCCACCAACAAGGAACAUUCCUUCUCCUGGACAGCUGGACCCCGACACGCGGAUCCCUGUUAUAAAUCUCGAAGAUGGGACGAGGCUGGUGGGGGAUGACGCUCCUAAAAAUAAGGACUUAGUUGAAUGGCUGAAGCUGCACCCUGCUUACACUGUCGAUAUGCCAAGUUAUGUACCAAAGAAUGCAGAUGUGCUGUUUUCCUCGUUUCAGAAACCGAAACAGAAACGACAUAGGUGUCGAAACCCUAAUAAAUUGGAUAUAAACACUUUGACAGGAGAGGAAAGGGUGCCUGUUGUCAAUAAACGAAAUGGAAAGAAGAUGGGUGGAGCUAUGGCGCCUCCAAUGAAGGAUCUGCCCAGGUGGCUGGAAGAAAAUCCGGAGUUUGCAGUUGCUCCAGACUGGACUGAUAUCGUUAAACAGUCUGGUUUUGUUCCCGAGUCGAUGUUUGACCGGCUUCUCACCGGACCUGUGGUGAGGGGAGAGGGAGCGAGCCGGAGAGGAAGAAGGCCCAAGAGCGAGAUCGCCCGGGCGGCGGCCGCGGCCGCCGCGGCCUCCACGUCGGGCAUCAACCCUCUGCUGGUGAACAGCCUGUUUGCUGGCAUGGACCUCACGAGCCUUCAGAACCUCCAGAGCCUCCAGUCCCUCCAGCUGGCGGGCCUCAUGGGCUUCCCUCCGGGCCUGGCGACAGCGGCCGCUGCCGGAGGCGACGCCAAGAACCCUGCUGCCGUGCUGCCCCUCAUGCUGCCGGGCAUGGCGGGCCUGCCCAACGUGUUCGGGCUGGGCGGGCUGCUCAACAGCCCGCUGUCCGCUGCUGCUGGAAACGCCACUACUGCUGCCGGCCAGGGCGAGCCGGAGGACGGCGCCCCCAAGGGCGAGGAGAAAGGCCACGAGCACGAAGACGAGAGCAAGGACUCCGAGAAGAGCGCGGACGCCGCCUCGGCCGCCGACUCCGCCAACGGCUCCGUUGGUGCUGCUAGCGCCCCGGCCGGGUUGCCCUCCAACCCGCUGGCCUUCAACCCUUUCCUCCUGUCCACCGUGGCCCCGGGCCUCUUCUACCCGUCCAUGUUUCUACCUCCGGGACUGGGGGGAUUGACGCUGCCCGGCUUCCCCGCGCUCGCAGGACUUCAGAACGCCGUGGGCUCCGGCGCGGAAAAGGCCCCCGACAAGGCCGAGGGCGCCGCCUUCCAGGAGGAGAACCUCGAGGGCAGCGACGCCGAGGAGAACCUGGACAAGACUGCCGAGUCCUCCCUCCUAGAAGACGAAAUGGCACAGGGCGAAGAGCUGGACUCGCUGGACGGGGCGGACGAAGCAGAAAACAAUGAAAACGACGAGUAACCAGUACCAGUUCCCGUUGAAGUGUUUAAAACUUUUGACAAGUGGUAGUCCUACUGUUUACACUCACAGUUAAUGUUCAUACCUAGUUUUAUAAGCUGUUCUGUAACAUAGUGUAGCAAAAAAAAAAAGAAGAAAAAAAAAAGUCCAAGUCAUGUUAUACAGGUGUGUCAAAAGGUAUCUUGGUCAUUAAGUAUUGUGCAGUGCAUUAUUUAUUAUCCCUAGGAGAGAUGAAAUUUGAGAGGUGAUCAUGUCUUUUUAAGGAAACUCACAUAAUGCUCUGCUUUCUCCCCUCUUCUUUUGGUACCAUUGGUAUUAUAAUAAAGAGCAAUUUGUAACUGAGUGGCACUAAUGGAAGGAAGCGCUGCUCAAAGGAAGUAUGAAGUUAUAUAUUUAAUUUUUUUAAUUUUAAUUUCUUUGCUGUGAAGGUCAGGAUGAAAUUUACCAUACAUAUCACACUUGCUCAUUUGUCUCCCUUUCUGACGGUAGGGGGUUCCCACACUGGCACAGACACACACCGUACACUCUGACAAUCUCCACGUUAGUGUGAACGUCUCUGUCCGGAGGCGCAGCAAUAAUAAGGCAGCUGUUGAAUGUGAAGGGUCCCUUUGGAAAUUAACCUACUGGGAGGGUUCUUGCCAGAUAGAACUACAGUUCCAUUGUCUCGUGGUCUUGUAAUGCACUGGUAUAAACAAACUAAAUAGAUGAAUAAAGAGUGAGAGAAUAGAGAAUCAGGUACCUUUUUUAAAUUAAAGGACUUUGUUACUUUAGCCACAAAGCUAAAACAGCAUUACCUCAGCUCUAAACUAGCCUUGAAGUUUACAGACAUGACUUUGUAAAUGUAUUGUUUUUCUUUGUUGUGAUGUCCUUUUAUUUUUUUUUUUCCUUGAAAAACUGCUAUCAUGUAAGAUAAAAUGUAAAUUGCUGCCAACUGUAGUAAUGAUGCUUUUAAUAAAAGUGACCCAUGAUAUGCAGAAAUGUAAUUAUAGAAUGUAGCGUGUAGGGGAACUGGUGUUCACUCUAUUUUUUGUAUCCGCAAUAGAUGCAAAUACAGCAUUCUGGCCUUUG